AUGGAAGGAUUCCGAAGAUUCAAUGGAAAAACGACUGUGUUUGAAAAUUCAAAUGUUGUGGAUGUUGCCAUUCGAGAUCUGGAAUUGGUCUUGAAAUUUCAAAAAUCCACUUUUGAAGACUUCUAUUUUUAUUUGGACAAUAUCGAAAACCAAGAUGACACAUCGAUUCAUACUCUACCAACCAAGAUGAGCAAUAUGAUUAAUGCAUCCGGUCGGAAAAUCAGAACAACAGAAUUGAGUAUAAGCACAGGAGAUAAAUCUAACCUCAUUAAAAUGUUACAAUUUGCUGAUCCUGAAACCCUGAAAAUUAUCCAGUUUGAUUCAAUGGAUGACAGUAUCCAACUCGAACUUGUAGUGAAUCUGAACGUAGAAGAUAUACGCCAUUUUUCAAGAAUCACGAUGGCAAUGAAUUCCAUUUCUGCGAGAGAUUUGGAUUCUUUGAGAAAGGUUUUUCUGAUUUCUUCAAAAUUCGAGAAGUUAGGGCUUGAAUUGAGAAUGUUCCACGAAAAAGAGGAACUACUCAAUUUGUGGGGAGCUGCAUUUAAUUCCGAGUAUUCAAAGGAAUGGUGUUUUCGAAUGAAGGAUUCGGCAGAGAAAGCUCUGUGCAUCAGAAUUUAUCAAUACGUGAAUUAUCACAUUCGUUUCAAUACUUUUGAGCUGGGAGUUAUUCCUAACGGAAUUAUUUAUGUUGGGAAAAGUUUUUUAACAAAUAUGAGAGUGAAGAGAAACGAGAUGACUGCAGAGAAGAAAGAAAUAGUUCUGACCCUUCGCCAAGUAUGUCGAGAUUUUCGGAAUUUCAUCGACGAUUUGAAUGAUUCGAAAUUGCCAGAUUCGAAGUUCAAACAAAUUGAAAUUGUAUCGGUAAAAGACGAAAACAAGAUAUUUUUUUCUUUGGUGGAUUUUGAUGUCAACUACUAUCUCAUUGAUUAUUCUGAAUCGGAAAAUUCUAGAAAUUUUCAAGGAAAAACGGUAGUAUUUGAAAAUUCGAAUAUAGUGGAUGUGGCGAUCCGAGAUCUGGAAUUGGUUUUGCGAUUUCAAAAGCCCCAAUUGGAAAGGUUAUAUUUCGAUGUUGAUGAUUUUCAACUAUUACCUGAUUCAUUGCUGCAUAAUUUUCCUGUUAAGCUGAGCAAUAUGUUCAAAAUGCUCAAUCGAAGAAUCAAAACAGAUAACCUUACUAUAGAAACGUACAAUAAAUCUCAAAUAAUGAGAUUAAUACCAUUUGCUGAUUCGGAUGCGCUGAGAAAACUAAUUUUACUUGCAAAAGAUGACGACAUGAAACUUGAAAUUGAUGAAAUUGUUAAAACUGAGCAAUGGAAGAAAGCACAGGAAAUUCAUUGUGACUUUCAUGUAUUCAAUCUGAACGUUAACGAUAUCUGUCAUUUUUCAAGAAUCACGUUAACAAUGAAAACCAUUCCUGCGAAAGAUUUUGAAAUUCUGAGAAAUACUUUUAUCAGUUCUCCCAAAUUCGAGCAUGCAUUUUUCGAGUUGACACAUUUCAACGAAAAAGAGGAAAUUUCCAAUGUGUGGGGUAUUUCGUUCAAUACCGGAUCUUCGAGUAAUUGGUAUUUUCGAAUCAAGGAUUUGGAGGAGGAAGUUCUACACAUCGAGUUUCGUGGAAAAUUUAUAAAUUUUCAUACUAUUCACUGGAGAAAUGUUUUGACCGGGGCAAGGGUACAAGAUUAUAACGAGAAUUGA